AUUAUUUUUGUUUUGGGGGGAGGAGGGGUGUGACUCGUCAUGUCGAAAGUGAUCCAGAAGAAGAACCACUGGACUAGCAAGGUUCACGAAUGCACCGUGAAGCGGGGACCCCAGGGUGAGCUGGGGGUGACGGUGCUGGGGGGCGCGGAGAACGGCGAGUUUCCGUAUGUGGGAGCGGUGGCCGCGGCCGGGCUGGGCGUCCUGGACAGCUGCAAGGAGGCCGUCACCUUCAAAGCCGUCCGACCAGGAGGAAAGCUGAGCAAGGACCUGCGGCACUUUCUCAGCCAGCGCUUCCAGAAGGGCUCCCCUGACCACGAGCUGCAGCAGACCAUCAGGGACAACCUGUACCGCCACGCUGUGCCUUGCACAACCCGCUCUCCCAGGGAAGGAGAAGUGCCCGGCGUGGACUACAACUUCCUGACUGUGAAGGAGUUCCUGGACCUCGAGCAGAGCGGGACUCUCCUGGAGGUCGGCACCUAUGAAGGAAACUAUUAUGGGACACCCAAACCUCCCAGCCAGCCGGUCAGUGGGAAAGUGAUCACGACGGAUGCCUUGCAAAGCCUUCACUCCGGCUCCAAGCAGUCGACCCCCAAGCGAACCAAGUCCUACAAUGAUAUGCAAAAUGCUGGCCUAGUCCAUGCGGAGCUUGAGGAGGAUGACGGUCCUGAAAUGAACAGCAGCUUCACAGCCGAUUCUGCUGAUCAGGAAGAGCACAGCCUGCCGGAAGCAACGCUCCCACCUGUGAAUAGUAGCCUCCUCGCUGCCCCCAUCACGGACCCUUCUCAGAAGUUCCCUCAAUACCUACCUCUUUCCGCAGAGGAUAACCUAGGUCCUCUACCUGAGAACUGGGAGAUGGCCUACACCGAAAAUGGAGAAGUCUAUUUCAUAGACCAUAACACAAAAACAACGUCUUGGUUAGACCCUCGGUGCCUGAGCAAGCAGCAGAAGCCUCUGGAAGAGUGUGAGGAUGAUGAAGAAGGUGUCCACACGGAGGAGCUGGACAGUGAACUAGAACUGCCUGCCGGUUGGGAAAAGAUUGAAGACCCUGUCUAUGGUGUCUACUAUGUAGACCACAUCAACAGGAAGACACAGUACGAGAACCCAGUUCUAGAAGCCAAACGGAAGAAGCAGCUGGAGCAGCCGCCGCCGCAGCCGCAGCCUCCGUCCGAAGAAUGGACAGAAGACCGGUCAUCGCUCGUGCCUCCUGCUAUUCCCAGCCACCCCCCAAGCAACCCAGAGCCGGCCAGGGACCCUCCCCUUCAGGGCAAACCCUUUUUUACACGAAACCCUUCUGAGCUGAAAGGCAAGUUCAUUCACACGAAGCUGCGGAAAAGCAGCCGUGGCUUUGGCUUCACGGUCGUCGGAGGGGACGAACCUGACGAGUUUCUGCAGAUCAAGAGCCUCGUCCUGGAUGGCCCCGCUGCGCUGGACGGCAAGAUGGAAACAGGAGAUGUAAUUGUCAGCGUGAACGACACCUGCGUUUUGGGACACACACAUGCGCAAGUUGUGAAAAUCUUCCAGUCCAUUCCCAUCGGUGCCAGUGUGGACCUUGAACUCUGCCGAGGUUAUCCGUUGCCUUUUGACCCAGAUGACCCCAAUACGAGUUUAGUGACCUCAGUGGCCAUUUUGGAUAAAGAACCAAUUAUCGUGAAUGGGCAAGAGACCUACGAUUCACCAGCUAGUCACAGCAGUAAAACGGGCAAAGUCAACGGCAUGAAGGACGCCAGGCCGAGCAGUCCAGCCGACGUGGCUUCCAACGGUUCCCAUGGUUACCCCAAUGACACUGUCUCGUUGGCUUCCUCCAUAGCCACUCAGCCAGAACUCAUAACUGUCCAUAUAGUCAAAGGGCCAAUGGGCUUUGGCUUCACUAUCGCAGACAGUCCUGGAGGGGGCGGCCAAAGAGUGAAACAGAUCGUGGACAGCCCCCGGUGCCGCGGCCUGAAGGAGGGCGACCUCAUCGUGGAAGUGAACAAGAAGAGCGUGCAGGCUCUCACGCACAACCAGGUCGUGGACAUGCUGAUCGAAUGUCCAAAGGGCAGUGAGGUCACCUUGUUGGUGCAACGAGGAGGGCUGCCGGUUCCCAAGAAGAGCCCCAAGUCGCAACCACUGGAGAGAAAAGACAGCCAGAACAGCUCACAGCACAGCGUCGCCAGCCACCGCAGCCUGCACACGGCCUCCCCCAGCCACAGCACACAGGUGCUCCCGGAGUUCCCACCUGCAGAGGCCCCUGCUGCAGAGCAGACCGACAGCUCUGGGCAGAAAAAGCCAGAUCCUUUUAAAAUCUGGGCCCAGUCCAGGAGCAUGUAUGAAAGCCGACCUAUGUCACCUUCGCCAGCGUCGGGAUUGAGCAAGGGUGAGAGAGAGAGAGAAAUCAAUUCCACGAAUUUUGGAGAAUGUCAGAUUCCAGAUUACCAAGAACAGGACAUCUUCCUCUGGAGGAAAGAGACUGGAUUUGGAUUUAGGAUUCUGGGUGGAAAUGAACCAGGGGAACCUAUUUAUAUUGGUCACAUCGUACCACUGGGUGCUGCUGAUACGGACGGCCGCCUGAGGUCUGGGGAUGAAUUAAUCUGUGUGGAUGGGACACCAGUCAUUGGAAAGUCACACCAGCUUGUGGUCCAGCUUAUGCAACAAGCUGCCAAACAAGGCCACGUCAACCUCACAGUGCGGCGGAAAGUGGUAUUUUCAGGUAAGUUCCUCAUUCGUGCCUUCAGGCAGGGCCUGGUUGCUCUGCACAGACAAGGGCCCCUUCCUGUGCCUGCCUGCCUCCUCAAGCAGCUACUUUACCGAAUGGGCAGCGCCCUGCAGCCCUACGACGUGGAGAUCCGGCGCGGGGACAGCGAGGGCUUCGGCUUCGUCAUCGUGUCGUCCGUGAGCCGGCCCGAGGCGGGCACGACCUUCGCAGGCAAUGCAUGUGUGGCUAUGCCUCACAAAAUAGGUCGGAUUAUUGAGGGGAGCCCUGCUGACCGAUGUGGCAAGCUGAAAGUAGGAGACCGGAUCUUGGCAGUAAAUGGAUGUUCCAUCACCAACAAGUCCCAUUCAGACAUUGUCAACCUAAUCAAGGAAGCGGGAAACACAGUUACCCUCCGCAUCAUUCCCGGGGAUGAGUCUUCGAAUGCCACUUUGCUGACCAAUGCGGAGAAGAUCGCCACCAUCACCACCACACACACCCCUUCUCAGCAGGGGGCCCAGGAGACCAGGAACACCACCAAACCAAAGCCGGAAUCUCAGUUUGAGUUCAAAGCACCCCAGGCAACACAGGAGCAGGAUUUUUACACUGUGGACCUGGAAAGAGGAGCCAAGGGCUUUGGCUUUAGCCUUCGAGGGGGCCGAGAGUAUAACAUGGACCUCUAUGUUCUGCGCUUGGCAGAGGAUGGUCCUGCCGAAAGGUGUGGAAAGAUGAGGAUCGGUGACGAAAUUUUGGAGAUCAAUGGUGAAACCACCAAAAACAUGAAGCAUUCUCGGGCUAUUGAACUGAUUAAGAACGGAGGCCGCAGAGUGCGUCUGUCUCUGAAGCGGGGCGACGGCUCGGUACCGGAAUAUGCAAUGAUACCUCCUAAUAUCGCUGCAUGUAUGAGAAAUGAAAAGCUCGGGGAGGCUUGCUUCUACCUUAUGGGCCAUAAUCAAACUACGGUUUGUAGCUCAAUCAAUACUAGGUGUUUCUGUGCUGUGGCCUAACUUCCUCAUUGCUUCUGCUUAGCUCUAUUUUGAUAUGUUUGGCAAUUCAUUCUGAGCACCCUGCGUUCUCUGAAUUGUAAGUACACCGCGGACCCUGCUGAAGUCUUGCUCUCCCUUAUCUUAAAAGUAGGAGUAAGGAGCCCCAGGUUAGUCUUGCUCUCCCAAAUCUUAAAGGGACUUUGUGUUAUUCUAAGUCUACCCAGCAUUUAGAACAAGCAUGUCAAACUCGCUUAUUUAAAUAAACGAAGCAUGCGGCCCGUUAGCCAUGAGUUUGACAUGCUUGCUUUAGACUGAACAAACCUCGUACCACAGAACUCUCACCUGGGUAGAUAGGGCUUUGCUAGACAGGAAGGUAUUUCCUGCUUAUCUCUUGGCAAAGGGCAGCCCAUGGGCCCAACCCUGUCCGCAGCCUGUUUGUGUAACUAAAGCUCAACAGCACAACCCAUUUCAUAUGCUGUCUAAGGCGGCUUUGACACUCCCCGUGCCAGGGCUGAGUAACUGUAACAAACUCUGUGGCCCACAAAGCCAAAAAUAACGAUUCCUUGGCCCUUUGCAGAGAAAGCUUGCCAACCCCUGCUCAAGGCCCUAUGCCUGCUGGUGUCACCACCUACCAGGGGUUUGGGAGAUCAUUCGUGAGACAGAUGGCUUACUAUUGACCCUGCUGCUUCACCAAAGACCCUUAAAGAGCUUCCGCUUCAUCGCCGUGACUGUCCCCGGCCUGCCCUCCACACGCAGCACCCCAUUCCUGGUGCUCUGCCUGCAAUGGUACAGAGUGUGUGACCCGUUGGGGUCAGCUGUAAACAAAGCAGGCCUGCUUCUUAAAAAGCUCUCAUAACAUCGGAUGCCACACCUGCGGUGUUACUUCACCUUCUCAUAAUAACCAAACGCCCUUGUGCGCGGCCCUGCUUUGAGCCCAGAGCUACCCUGAGCUGUGGGCAGCAGUGCAGUGGCCCCGUGGCUCAGCCAUGCGAUCGCGGCUGAGCAUAAAGAAAAGGGCCUCUGAACGUCAAGUUUAUCUGGACGCCAUCUGCUGUCACCUGUGCUCCUGACAACCUCCCUCCCACUCCCUUUCACCCGUCAGGAGACGCCACGUUUAAAAAAAGUGGUUCCCCAAGUUUACACAAAAGGGAAGAAACUACUUGAAUAACAUGUACAAAGGCAGGGACUGCCUAAUGGACCCUCCCUUCAUGUCCCACUUGCCAGUCGCCCACAUCCGGCCAUGCUGCCCCUGGGAUCCCUCCCCGGUGCCCACCCGGGGGCAUCUGGCUGGAGUAGACGCACGCGGUGCAACGAGGCCAUUGCUACCUCCGCACCCAGGUCACCACCACCAGGUCCGAGCGCAGCUGUUAGCAUCCCCCAGGGAGUCCCUCACACCCAGCCUCCUUUUCAGCAAGUUCAAACACGUGCUUUUUAAAGAACU